UUAAACCCACGCUGUGUGUCUCAAAGCAGCCUUUGACUCGCUCGCUUCCCGUUUCCUUUGGGGUGCUGUUGUCUGAACGUUGCUGAGCGGUUUUUCGGGUCUUGUUGCUCACCAUGCCGGGCCUGCUGCUCGGAGACGAAGCGCCCAAUUUCCAGGCGAACACUACGCAUGGCCCUAUCCGCUUCCAUGAUUUCUUGGGCAACUCAUGGGGCAUCCUCUUCUCUCAUCCACGGGACUUCACUCCAGUUUGCACAACAGAGCUUGGUCGAGCAGCAAAGCUGGCACCAGAGUUUGCCAAGCGUAACAUUAAAAUGAUAGCCCUCUCUAUCGAUGAUGUCAGUGACCAUCUCUCUUGGAGCAAGGACAUCAAUGCCUAUAACGGUGAUGAAGCCACGGAGAAGCUUCCCUUUCCAAUAAUUGCUGACUCCAAACGGGAGCUUUCAGUCCAGUUGGGCAUGUUGGAUCCAGAUGAGAGAGACAAAGAUGGUAUCCCUCUCACUGCUCGUGUUGUGUUUGUUUUUGGCCCAGACAAGAAACUCAAACUCUCUAUCCUCUACCCAGCAACUACUGGCAGAAACUUUGAUGAGAUUCUAAGAGUAAUUGAUUCCUUGCAGCUAACAGCUGCUAAGAAGGUUGCUACCCCUGUUGACUGGAAGCCUGGUGACCAGGUCAUGGUAAUCCCAAGCCUAUCGGAUGCAGAGGCCAAAACACUGUUUCCAGGAGGAGUUCGCACCAAAGAACUCCCAUCGGGCAAGCAAUACCUUCGUUAUACUCCUCAGCCUCAGUAGCAACUGCAGAGAGAUUGAGCAAACCAGAAAGCUGAUCAAGGGGCUUUGUAGAACAAGCUGUUUCUGUCAUGUGUGGACAUGUUUUGAGGAGCUAAAAUCAGAAUAGCUAAGCCAUUCUCCACACAUAGUGGCUGAGUGUCCUUGGUCUGGCUUAGUUUUAGUCAGCCAUAGUAUAGGGUGGUUCUGUUCAGCCAUGCAAUUGGCUGUCCUGGAUCUCUGCUUAGAGCGAAGUCUUCAAUGCUGCUCAUCUUGGAAUGAUUGAUUUACUUUAAACGAAUAAUUGUAUAUUCUCCAGCCACAUGUGUGCACUUGUUAAAUGAUUAUCUCUUGUUAAAUAAGUAGGGAAACAAUUCCUUAUGCUGCCAAAUGCUCAUAAUUGAGCAGAGGUAGAAAAUCUCAAAAUAAGCCUCUGGUUCGAGGAACCAUGCCAUAUCAUCUAAAGGCUGCAAGGAUCACUUGAUAAAAGAUUUCUUGGGCAUAAUCUCCCCCAGAAAUAAAUGUGAACUGAUAUGUUUCAGCAGUCAUGUGCCUUUAUUUCAAGUAAAUUAAUCUACUGCACUAAUCAAAAGCACAAUGUGGAAAUUCUGCCUAUGCUGUAUUGGGGACACUAGACAUACUGCUUUAUUGUGUGAGGUGGGGGUGCAUUUUCAACUGAUCUUGUAACUCUGUUUGUUUUGGCUCCUUUGUUCAGCAAAUAAAACUACCCUCUAUGA